AUGGGCACCCUCGUCAAGCAGCACGAGCGAAUCCAAGUCGAGCAAAGCUUAAAGUACUCCCAGAAGGGAGCCGAGAAUUUGUGGAACAUGGCAGGCUUGAUCGAGACUGAUCGCUGGACCAAGGGCGACGAGCAUGGUCUUCAUAUGAUUAGAAAAAGAAAAAUGCCUUUCAGUUUGCUACCGGAUCUCUACGCUGCCUCCCCUUGUCCCUCCUUGAGCGACUGGGAAGCUUUAUGGACGGCCUGGGACAGCGUCACACAGGAGAUGCUCCCUAAAGAGGAAUUGCUUGACAAGCCGAUCAAGCUUCGGAAUGCCUGCAUUUUCUACCUUGGCCACAUUCCUGCCUUCUUGGACAUCCAGCUGACCAAGACAACCAAAAAGCCUGCUACUGAGCCGGCGUACUUCCAGCCAAUGUUUGAGAGAGGCAUUGAUCCCGACGUCGAUAACCCUGAGAAGUGCCACUCUCACUCUGAAAUUCCGGACGAAUGGCCCCCCGCUGAAGAAAUUAUUGCGUACCAACAGAGGGUGCGCUCGCGACUCCAGAGUAUUUACGAGAAUGGCAUCGACAAGAUUCCCAGACCUGUUGCGCAGGGUAUUUGGGUCGGGUUCGAGCACGAAAUCAUGCACAUGGAGACUCUCCUCUACAUGAUGCUUCAAAGCGACAAGACUCUCCCACCCCCUGGUGUUGAGCGACCAGACUUUAAGCGCCUGGCAGAAAAGGCUCGUCAGGCCAGAGUGGCCAAUGAAUGGCAUGAUGUUCCUGCUCAAACCAUCAAAAUCGGCAUGGAUGAGCCUGAGCUUGAUGCUGGCGUCAACGCAUACUUUGGUUGGGAUAAUGAGAAACCAUCGCGGAAGACUCAGGUACAUGCCUUCCAGGCAAAGGGCCGACCUAUUACAAACGAGGAGUACGCGCAAUUCAUGUUUGAGAAUCACAUCGAAAAAGUGCCUGCCUCAUGGGCCGAUGUCCACUCCGCCGAUUCUGACUCCAACACCAACGGCCAGACGAAUGGCCUCACUAAUGGGCACACAAAUGGGCACACCAACGGACAUACCAAUGGCGUAACCAAUGGUGUUAAUGGCCAUCAAAAUGGAGAAAGUGCUCUCCCUGAGUCUUUCCUUGAAGGCAUUGCUGUCCGGACAGUCUACGGCUUGAUCCCGCUCAAGUAUGCUCUGGACUGGCCAAUCUUUGCAUCUUACGACGAGCUGUCCGAUUGCGCCGCCUGGAUGGGUGGCCGGAUGCCGAGUUUCGAGGAAGCUCGGAGCAUCUACACGUAUGUCCACAACUUGAAGAAGAUGGAGGCCGAGCGUACACUUGGACGAACGGUCCCAGCUGUCAAUGGACACCUCUCCAACGACGGCGUCGAGGAGACCCCACCAAAGCCCGCUUCCCUUGAGGCCGAGAAGACUCGUUCUGAGCUCUUCACGGACCUCGACGGCGCCAAUGUUGGAUUUCAACAUUGGCAACCCGUUCCCGUGACGGCUAAUGGCAACCGUCUUGCGGGACAAGGUGAGCUUGGUGGCGUCUGGGAGUGGACCAGCUCGCCCCUUGCUCGACAUGAAGGCUUCGAGCCCAUGCCUCUGUACCCUCAGUACACCGCCGAUUUCUUUGAUGGCAAGCACAACAUUGUCCUCGGUGGCUCAUGGGCUACACACCCGCUGGUUGCUGGUCGACGAUCAUUCGUCAACUGGUAUCAGCGCAACUACCCUUUCGCCUGGGCUGGCGCCAGACUUGUGAGGGAUAUCAACUGA